AUGACUAUCAUUUACCAAGACCUUACUGAACAGUAUGUAGACUCGGCUGUCGACACAGUCGAGUUGGCAUUUGAAGGUGAUCCUUUGGAUGUAUGGCUUUAUAAAGACUCGGAGAAGAAGUUCCGCCGAGCAAUUAGAGAGCUAGGUAUUCGUCGAGGAUUGAAGCCUGGUAAGAAAGUGCUGAUCGCCAUUGAUACUGAUUCUGAUGCUGUGGUUGGAAUAUCCGUUUGGGAGCCCCCAGUGUCUAAAAAGGAUGCCGAGUCUCAAACCUGGGGAGAAUGGCUCGGUGGCUGGCAAACUUGGACCCAGAGAAAGAGACUUGAUUGGCUAUAUGGACCUGCUCCAGCUGUAAGUAUAUGUUCCGUGUGA